AUCGCGGAAAUAGUCGUCGGUCAUCACAAGCAGAGCAAGACAAGAUGGCAUUGAGAGCAGCAGUGAGGAAUAAGAGUGCUUUAUCAGCUCUUCUUUCCCAGCUGUCCCCCUGCAGCAGUCAUGGCAGAGUGUGUGUCACUCAGAUGAGGAACAACUCCACCUCACCUAAAAUAAAGGUGGAUUUUGACCAGAGUGCAGGUGUCGCAGUGAUGCGCCUGCAGAGUCCACCGGUCAACAGCCUAAGUUUAGAUUUCCUAACAGAGUUGUGCAUUAACUUGGAGAAACUGGAGAUGGAUAAGAGCUGCCGAGGCCUCAUCAUCACCUCGAGCCAACCCAAGGUGUUCUCGGCCGGGCUGGACAUCAUGGAGAUGUACGGGAAGAGUCCAGAGAGCUGUGGAGAAUUCUGGAGAGCCGUUCAAGAGAUGUGGCUGAAACUCUACAGCUCCAACAUGAUCACUAUAGCUGCAAUCAACGGUUCCAGUCCUGCCGGUGGAUGUCUGAUGUCUCUGACAUGUGACUACAGGAUAAUGGCGGACAACCCGCGUUACAGCAUCGGCCUUAAUGAGACGCAGCUUGGCAUCGUGGCACCUUUUUGGUUUAAGGACACCAUGGUUAAUACAGUGGGCCACAGGACCACAGAGUUGGCCCUGGAGCUUGGACUGCUCUACAACUCUUCAGAGGCCCUGAAGAUAGGCCUGGUAGACAAACUGGUACCAGAAGACCAGGUCUUGACCACAGCCACACAAACCAUGACCAAGUGGCUGGCCAUUCCAGACCACGCCAGACAGAUCACCAAGUCCAUGAUGAGGAAGCCAACCAUCGACAAGCUAACGUCCAACAGAGAGGCUGACAUCCAAAACUUUGUCAGCUUCAUCACCAAAGACUCCAUUCAGAAAUCGCUUCGUGUAUAUCUGGAGAUGCUUAAAAAGAGAAAGGGCUAGAGGAGACAGGCAAACGUAUAAAAUGACCUACACAUGUUAGACUUUGUGAAUAGUUGAAAACACACCUGCCAUCAUUUUUAAUAACCUUAUGUGACGAAACUAGCUUGGGGAUAAUACAUCCAAGAUCGACAGCAAUGAUUCAGUGACAAAAAAUAUUUUCCUAUCUUACUUUCCAGGAUCUUAAGUUGAUAAGUAACACCAAGAAAUGUUCAAACUUUUCUUUUAUUCUGAGAAGAAUAAAUCAUUUCAGUAGAAUGUUCGCCUUGUUGCUGUCCUCGUUUCUCAAGCUUUCAGUUCUCACACAGUAAAUAAUGCAGUUUAUCAUGGUAACAGGCAGAUUUAUCACUCAAAAAGCAGCUA